GCCUUCCUCGUAAUUUUAGAAGGUAAAAGGGGCAAAAAUCUAACUUAAUUUCCUUUUAUCUCUGGUGUGAUUCCGCCAUUUCACUCUGCGCUCCAAAAGGAAGAGAUUUCAUUAAACAGACCCUUUUUUUAAUUAAAUUUCUCCUUUGCCUUUCCAUUGAUAGAAUAUUUUCUCUUUUGUAUUCAUUCAAUCUCGUGCACACACAACACAAAAAGAACAAUCAAUCAAAAGCAGCAUAGAUUUUUGCAAAUAUAACCCUAUCUUCAGCUCUCAUUUCUCUUUUAGGCCUAGGGUUGUGAUCGGUUUUGCCUUAGGUUCUCCUCAAUCUCAACCAAGAAACGCCACCAUUCGUUUUUCAAUUUUUUUUUAUGAUCAUUAUUUCGACUUUUCUAUUCAUCAAGCAGAAUCCUUUCAAAGGUUUUGAUUCCCAUCAGCAAUCAAAUUUACCCAUCUUUUAUCUCCAGGGCAUCUUUAUCCUGCUGCUAUUAAUUGCAGCACAAUCUCGCUCCAUUUCUUGUUCUCUCACAAACUACCAACGCUGCGAUCAAAACCAAGAAACCAUGAAGGUGCAUCCAAUGCCCAAGAAGAGAAACAACAUAACAAUCCAAUACUACAUCAACAAUACCAACGGCAAUAACAUCAGCCAUCAGAGGGACCCAUCUUCCGGUGGGUCCCACAAGAAGCUAAGGAGGCUGCCCCACAUCUUCAGCCGGGUCUUGGAGCUUCCUUUCCGAUCGGAUGCUGAUGUAUCGGUCGAGGAAAAUCCAGAUUGCUUCCGAUUCGUGGCGGAAACUGAUAAUAUCGGCGAUGUGAGAGCUCAUACGAUCGAAAUCCACCCUGGGGUCACUAAAAUCGUGGUUAGGCCAAAUGGGUAUUUGGAAUUAUCCUUAUUGGAUGAUUUGGAAUUGGAUAUGUGGAGGUUCAGGCUGCCAGAAUCGACACGGCCGGAGCUCGCUAGCGCGGUUCUAGAGGACGGAGAGUUGAUUGUGACGGUGCCCAAGGUAGAUGAACUGGAGGAGGAAGGAAAUGAUAAUAAUGGGGAAUUUAGAGGAGGUAUGGGAAAUAAUAACAGUGCUAGGCUUGUGCUUGUACAGUGAUAAUCAUAAUUGCUGCUCUUUAGCUUUUCGCUUUUGUUCUUUUCUUUAAAUGAAUGUUGUUGUGCAAGCUAGGUUUUGAAGUUGGUGGUUUGGAUUAGGUUUUGUAUUUCUGCUUUUGUUUUUGAAUGAAACAAGUUCUCUUUAAUUUUUGCACAA